AUGGCCAAUCCCACUGUUCUCACCUUUGACGCCGAGGGCCGCCCGAUUAAGUUCGAUGUCUGGCUUGAUGACCUUCAUCUGUUCCUCCAGAUCACUGCCAAGGACAGUGUCUCACUGUACGACCACACGUCAGGCGCUGCUCCCACGCCUCCCGCUACUGCUGACAGUACUGCUCGCUCCCAGUGGCACAUUCGUGAUGCUCAUGCCCGCCUAGCCGUUCGCAGUCACCUGCCGGUAGAUGAGUGCGAGCACUUCGGCCAGCAUAAGACCGCUAAGGAGUUGUACGACACAGUAGUCGCGCGCUACUCCUCCCCUGCCACUGCUGCUAUAGGCCGUCUCUCAUUGUCCUACCUCUUCCCCGACCUGUCCGCCUUUACCACUGUAGCUGACCUCAUCACCCACCUCCGUACCAGUGAUCUCCGCUACCGUGCCGCACUCCCCCCAGAUUUCCUCGCCAAGAACCCCCCCCCCCCCCCCCCCCCGAUGUACCUCACACUGUACCACCUUGUCACGCGCCUCCCCGACUCCCUUCACACAGUCAGGGACCACUUUCUAGCCCUCUCCCCCACUGACCUCACUCUCGACCUCCUCGAGAAGGAACUCCUAGCAGCUAAGAAGAGCAUUGUAGCUGUAGGUGCCUCUCGUGGCGACCCUCGCGCCCCCUUCUUUGAGGGGUGCUCUCCCGUCCCCCUCCUCCCCUCCAUUGCCUCUGCUGGUGCUGUCGACUUCCUCAGAGCUGAGGGGGUCAGGGUUGCGUCUGCUCCUAGUGGGAGGCGCAAGGGCGGCAGGGGCAAGGGGGGCAGGGGUGGUGGAGGUGGAGGCGGGGGCGGCGACGGUGGAGGGGGUGGAGGGGGCGGGGGUGGUGGAGGAGGUGGGAGUGGCGCGGGUGGUGGGGGGGUCGGUGGCGGCACAGGGGGUGGUGGAGGCGGCGGUGGUGGAGGUGGUGGGGGUGGUGGUGGUAGUAGUGGCGGCGGUGGAGCGGGUGGCGGGCGCGGUGGAGAGGUACAACGGGGGGGGUUAGGCGGUGGCCAGAGGCAGCAGGAGCAGCGUCCCGGUGAGACUCCCUCGCCCCAGCACCUCCGUGAGUGGUACUCUCAGCGUGGGGGGUCUGGGGGUGGGGGUACUUGCCCGUACGUCAUCCGCACAUGUGACCGCACUGGCCAGACUUGUGGGAGGUUUCACACGGCACAGCGCUGCUUCUUUUGCCUCGACAACGCCUGGCGCGAGCAGUUCCCUGACGCCUCUAAGCUACCCCACUGGGCUGAUCUGCUUAAGAAGGGAAUUGAUAUCUUUGCUCUUGAUUAUGAUACUAUCCUUGCUGCUAUGUAUGCAUUGACUAUUAGUGUUGAGGGUGACUGUUACCUGAGUGUACCACCCGACCCAGAUAUUGAGACCGGUGAGGCUGCAGCUCUAGGUGCUAGUGCGUCUGCUGCUCCAAGUCCUGGUGAGGCUGCUGCCCUAGGUGCUAGUGCGUUUGCGUCUGCUGGUACCGCACCUACUGAGGCACUUCACACCUUCACACUGGACUCAGGUGCUUCCCACUGUUUCUUUCGCGACCGCACUGCCCUAGAGCAGCUCCCUAGACCAGUUGCUAUCUCCCUGGCUGACCCCUCAGGGGGUCCGGUCCUUGCGACCUCCACCACUGCCCUCCCUUGUCCUGCUGUCCCGUCUGGCACGCUGUCAGGCCUCUACCUCCCCUCGUUCUCUACGAACUUGGUGGCGGGGUCCGCGCUCCAGGACGCGGGUGUUCACCAGUUCACCGCGCUCGUGUUCUGUCGGUAG